UCUAUCUCAAAAAAAAAAUUCGUUUAUUUAAACCAAAAACAAAAAACAGUUCACCCUCAGACUGAGCUUUGACUUUCAAUGCACUGGAGGUGGGCUUUUUCUUUGUGCUCUUGCUUCUCCCCACCAGAAGACCAUCACGAAACCACUGAUGUGAAAAUGAGAGAAAAUGGAGUAGCCCUAGUUCAGCCCAGCAGCUUGAUGCCAGCCUAGCUGAGAGGGAGAACUGGUGGGCGGUCCUUCCUGUGACACGACCCUUGAGUGACAGUUCUAUUUGAUUGCCUCCAGUACUGUGAGGAAAGGACACGACUCUAUGGUGAGGACUGAUGGACAUACAUUAUCUGAGAAAAGAAACUACCAGGUGACAAACAGCAUGUUUGGUGCUUCAAGAAAGAAGUUUGUAGAGGGGGUCGACAGUGACUACCAUGACGAAAACAUGUACUACAGCCAGUCUUCUAUGUUUCCACAUCGGUCAGAGAAAGAUAUGCUGGCAUCACCAUCUACAUCAGGUCAGCUGUCUCAGUUUGGGGCAAGUUUAUACGGGCAACAAAGUGCACUAGGCCUUCCAAUGAGGGGGAUGAGCAACAAUACCCCUCAGUUAAAUCGCAGCUUAUCACAAGGCACUCAGUUACCGAGCCACGUCACGCCAACAACAGGGGUACCAACAAUGUCACUUCACACGCCUCCAUCUCCAAGCAGGGGUAUUUUGCCUAUGAAUCCUAGGAAUAUGAUGAACCACUCCCAGGUUGGUCAGGGCAUUGGAAUUCCUAGCAGGACAAAUAGCAUGAGCAGUUCAGGGUUAGGUAGCCCCAACAGAAGCUCGCCAAGCAUAAUAUGUAUGCCAAAGCAGCAGCCUUCUCGACAGCCUUUUACUGUGAACAGUAUGUCUGGAUUUGGAAUGAACAGGAAUCAGGCAUUUGGAAUGAAUAACUCCUUAUCAAGUAACAUUUUUAAUGGAACAGAUGGAAGUGAAAAUGUGACAGGAUUGGACCUUUCAGAUUUUCCAGCAUUAGCAGAUCGAAACAGAAGGGAAGGAAGUGGUAACCCAACUCCAUUAAUAAACCCCUUGGCUGGAAGAGCUCCUUAUGUUGGAAUGGUAACAAAACCAGCAAAUGAGCAAUCCCAGGACUUCUCAAUACACAACGAAGAUUUUCCAGCAUUACCUGGUUCCAGCUAUAAAGAUCCAACAUCAAGUAAUGAUGACAGUAAAUCUAAUUUGAAUACAUCUGGCAAGACAACUUCAAGUACAGAUGGACCCAAAUUCCCUGGAGAUAAAAGUUCAACAACACAAAAUAAUAACCAGCAGAAAAAAGGGAUCCAGGUGUUACCUGAUGGUCGGGUUACUAACAUUCCUCAAGGGAUGGUGACGGAUCAAUUUGGAAUGAUCGGCCUGUUAACGUUUAUCAGGGCAGCAGAGACGGACCCAGGAAUGGUACAUCUUGCAUUAGGAAGUGACUUAACAACAUUAGGCCUCAAUCUGAACUCUCCUGAAAAUCUCUACCCCAAAUUUGCAUCACCCUGGGCAUCUUCACCUUGUCGACCUCAAGACAUAGACUUCCAUGUUCCAUCUGAGUACUUAACGAACAUUCACAUUAGGGAUAAGCUGGCUGCAAUAAAACUUGGCCGAUAUGGAGAAGACCUGCUCUUUUAUCUCUAUUACAUGAAUGGAGGAGACGUAUUACAACUUUUAGCUGCAGUAGAGCUUUUUAACCGUGAUUGGAGAUACCACAAAGAAGAACGAGUAUGGAUUACCAGGGCACCAGGCAUGGAGCCAACAAUGAAAACCAAUACAUAUGAGAGGGGAACAUAUUACUUCUUUGACUGUCUUAACUGGAGGAAAGUAGCUAAGGAGUUUCAUCUGGAAUAUGACAAAUUAGAAGAACGGCCUCACCUGCCAUCCACCUUCAACUACAACCCUGCUCAGCAAGCCUUCUAAAAAAAGACUUCCCUUUUCUUGGGGUAUGGCUGUCUCAGCACAAUACUCAACAUAACUGCAGAACUGAUGUGGCUCAGGCACCCUGGUUUUAAUUCCUUGAGGAUCUGGCAAUUGGCUUAUGCAAAGGGUCACCAUUUGAGGUCCUGCCUUACUAAUUAUGUGCUGCCCAACAACUAAAUUUGUAAUUUGUUUUUCUCUAGUUUGAGCAGGGUCUGAAUUUUUUUUCAUUUAUUUUCUCUUUUUGCCAGCAGACAGACUUGAGUCUGUAAAGACAAGCAAGUACACUGACAGAAGUUUACCAUUUAGUUUCUAAAAUGUAAAAAAAGAAAACCCACAAAAGACUCAACAAAAUUAGACCACAAAAUUUGCAUUGUUCAUUGUAGCACUAUUGGUAAUAAAAUAACAAAUGUUUGUGCAUUUUUAUGUGAAGAUCCUUCUCGUAUUUCAUUUGGAAAGAUGAGCAAGGUCUGCUUCCUUCAUUUUACUUCCCCUUCUGUUUUUGAAAGGCAGUUUCGCCAAGCUUAACGCAAGAAUAUCUGACUGUUUAGAAGAAAGAUAUUGCCACAAUCUCUGGAUGGUCUCCAGGGUUGUGUUAUUACUGAGCUUCAUCUUUCCAGAAUGAGCAAAACACUGUCCAGUCUUUGUUACGAUUUUGUAAUAAAUGUGUACAUUUUUUUUAAAUUUUUGGACAUCACAUGAAUAAAGGUAUGUAUGUACGAAUGUGUAUAUAUUAUAUAUAUGACAUCUAUUUUGGAAAAUGUUUGCCCUGCUGUACCUCAUUUUUAGGAGGUGUGCAUGGAUGCAAUAUAUGAAAAUGGGACAUUCUGGAACUGCUGGUCAGGGGACUUUGUCGCCCUGUGCACUAAAGGGCCAGAUUUUCAGCAGCCAAGGACAUCCAUACCCAAGUGAAUGUGAUGGGACUUAAAGAAGUGAACUGAGACAAUUCACUCUGGCUGUUUGAACAGCAGCGUUUCAUAGGAAGAGAAAAAAAGAUCAAUCUUGUAUUUUCUGACCACAUAAAGGCUUCUUCUCUUUGUAAUAAAGUAGAAAAGCUCUCCUCA